GCUACAUGAAUCACGAGUAUGAUACCUUACCGAUACGGUAUGGUACGAUACCUGUUUGCUUUGGGAUGCUCAAGCCACAGCUCCCAGCCCCGCCUCACCCUCCCACCUCUUGUCAGACAUUGACCCCUCUAUCCCCAAGUGGGUCGAAUCUAACACGACUCACAAAUCCCAUCUUCGAAGCACCCAUGGCGACUCCUGCACCUAUAACACCUCCACCCCCUCGGCCCCCAGCUUCAGGCCGCAGGAAAAUCCGCAUAGUCUGCAUAUCCGACACCCACAACAUCCAAUUCAAGCCUCCGGAUGGAGAUGUCCUAAUCCACGCCGGGGACAUGACCAAUGCUGGUUCCCACACAGAGCUCAAGAGAGCUGUCGAGUGGAUGGGUGGGCUGGAACACGAGGUGAAAAUAGUGCUUGCUGGUUAUAUGGUGCCCUAACCCUGGUGAUUUUAAUAUGGCUAAACUGGGUAAGUUUGGCAGGAAACCACGAUGGGGUCACCCUCGACCCGUUAUUUUUCAAAGAAUUCGGCGACCGUUUCCACAACUGUAACCCCCAGUCUCAUGAGGAUAAUUUAAAACUAUUCGUUAGUAGCGAAGCGAGGAGUCGGGGUAUUGUCUAUCUGAAUCACGAGGCCAAGAGGGUUGUGUUGGACGAUGGGCGAACGUUCAAGGUUUUUGGCUCGCCCUGGAGCAAAAAGAGUGGUUUGUGGGGGUUCGGAUAUGACGAGCCAAACUGCUUGGACGAGAGUCUGUGGGUUGAUGUUCCGGCAGAUACAGAGGUUUGUCGUUCGCUCUCGUACGACUGAAUAAUUGCAGAAACUUAACUCUUCAGGUUAUGGUAACCCAUGGUCCGCCAAGAUGUCACCUCGACAGCCCACAGGCCCCCAAAAUCGGCUGCGAGUGUCUCCGGCAGACUCUCUGGAACGUCCGCCCGGCACUGCAUGUGUUCGGCCACGUCCACCAAGGGCGAGGCGUCGAAGUGGUUAAAUGGGAUACCCAAUCCCCCCAUAUUCGGUACAAGGAACUCUCCACUACUAAAAUCUCAGACCCUGCACCAGAGAGUAAAAAAUUGUUCAAGGUCGAUUUAACUCGGAUUGCGGAAAGGGAGGAGACUUGCUUGGUCAACGCUGCGAUUCCUAUGCAGCCUUGGAGAAAAGGGAUUGGACAUGCUGGGAGGAACAAAGCCGUUGUUGUGGAUCUGAUGGUUGAUGUGGUAGGCUUGGAAUAAUUGUAGGCUGUCCCCUCAUAAGGACGAAUUCUCCUUGUGCAUAGUCUGUGCUAGUAUAAAGCAAACUGUGCAGCUACUUAUCGGGGCUUUAGGACGGUUGCCUUCUGGGGAAUAUAUUGAGCACCACAGCCAGCCAAACCCAUUACAUGUGCAUUCACGUGCAAUCAAACCUCCCCUCGCCCACAAGUUACCAGAGAGAGGUUAUGCUGGUGUGUUGUGUAGCCUUCCAUAGCAGCAUGUAUAAUACCAAUCAUAACUAUGGCUAUUUUCAACCUUUCAAACCUGGGCAGUUUCCCCUGGGGAACUCUCUCCCUAUAACCCCAUGACAAGACCACUCCAGCCCCCCAAACAAACAACCAGACAGUCAACAGCAACUCAAACAAGCGCCAACCCCACCCCGCAGGUGCAAACCUACAAAAAGUACCCUCUGCAAAGUGAAAUUCAACCUGAGUGAUAAUAAGUAAUGCUAUCCCUGCCGUCCUUAAUGCAAGGGGAUGUGGCAGCGCGGUGAAACCUUGGGGGCUCCGGGAUGCUCGUGGUGAUAUCACACCGAGGUGAGCAGCUGAUGUCACCCCUUCCAUGUGGAUGCCAUGCUGAAGCCGGAAUCAAAACGUGAGUAUUACAUAAGAGCACGGCGUUCCCGCCGCCGGCUGUACUGUACUACGGAUAGAGGACACUGUGAAUAGUGGGGGUCAGGCAUGGGCGCCCGGCUUGAAAGUUGGACGCACGAGUAAUGGCCAAAAUAGGGUUACCAGAUUUCGUGGAUAUCAUGUCAUAGUACUCUUAUGUGAUACGACUCAUCAAUGCACUGAUAUGAUACUUGAGUAUCAUGGCGUACCUGACGGGCGUUAGUCGUAUAUCCAACACCUAUAAUCCGUGGCCUCCUGCAAAUUCUGUCUUUUUCACGGCCAAGCCCACCAUUUUCAUCGCUGAGAUUCCAGGUGUGAGCACCCGUACUCCUUUGCAUACCCUGAGGGGAUCCUGUAGCUAGCUUUUAGUCAUCAGGGUUUAUGAUCUUCCUUGCCCGCAGAAUGUAUCUACUCGCACACGCUCCUGCACUGGUAUUGCGCGAGAUACCUACUCGGUAAUGGUCCUAGUUGUUAAGGUUCCUAGGAGGCUAAGGAACAACAGCUCAAUUCGCAGGAAAAGGUCUGGUGAGCUCACUCCACUCUGACAACUAGUCAUCAGAUAAUCGAACGAUCCGCCAGGCGGUGUGGGGAAAUCAUCAGCCUAUCCCGUGCGGGCUGGGAGGUUGAAGUGAAGGCUCUUGCCUUGUUCGAUCAGGCUGGAGGGUGAAUCGGUGCCGCCGCGAUGAGGCAGGAUCUGACUCCAGACCCAUGCCUCUCGGGGUGGAGUCUCCGAGCGACAGUGCAGUAGAGAAACAGAAAGAGAAAAAAGAAGAAGAAAGAGGUCGCCUCCUC